AUGACGAUGCGAAGCGGGGAACAGGAAGCAAAGAAGAAGGCGCACGAGUACUUGGAGCAGUUCCAGAAGUCGAUUACCUACGAUCUCAUCACCCAGGUUCCCCCCGGCGAGCUACCUGCCCUUCGAAACCAGAUUUUGCUCCUCUUGAAGCACUACGCCGCCGGCCCCAAGCCCAUUCGAGUUCAACUAUGCGUGUGCUUGGCGAUUUUGGCGAUCCAGAUGAAGGACUGGAACGAUGUGCUCUCCUCGGUCGUCCAGUCGCUCAGCGACAGCCCCCAGAGCCACGCUUGUAUUCUCGACUUUUUGCGAGUCCUUCCCGAGGAGGUGACUGAAGGUCGAAAAAUUACCUUGUCUGAAGAAGAUCUUGCAGCGCGGACGCAAGCACUGCUGGCAGAUAACGCGGAUCAAGUUGUACAGCUCCUAAUCAACUAUUCACAGUCUUCGCCUGCCGCGUCUCGAAACCCACUCCUUAUGGAGUGCAUCACGUCGUGGCUUCGAGAGGUUCCCGUUGGCAUCAUCGCCAGCUCGCCUCUCCUAGAAGCCAUUUUCCAGGGUGUUACAUCUGAUGAAUGCAGCCAAGAAGCCGCAGAGUGCCUGUGCACGAUGCUCAGAGAGACGGCUGAUGUUGACGAAUCCCAAGCUGUCAUCCAAACUCUGUUCCCGCGAAUCAUCAGCCUCACGCCGCGCAUCGCCACCCUGGUUGCUGAAGAGGAUACUGAAUCGCUCAAGUCUCUAACCAAAGUUCUAGCAACUGCGGCGGAAAGCUGGGUAGUUGCCAUCGCACGACAGCCAACCCAGUUCCGCCCCAUUGUCGAUGCGGUUCUCGAAUGUGCCGCUCGGGAUAAGGACCGCGAUGUUAUCGAGCAUACUUUCAACUUUUGGUAUGAGCUCAAGCAAUAUCUGGUGCUGGAACGAUAUAUCCAGGGCAGGUUGGAGCUUGUGGAUGUCUUCUCUAAACUUGUGGAUAUUCUACUUGCGCAUCUACGAUUCCCGACGCCCGAGUCCGGAAGCGAAACCGACUUGUUUGACGGGGACCGCGAGCAAGAGGAGAAAUUCCGCGAGUUUCGACACCAGAUGGGCGACACGCUCAAGGACUGUUGCGAAGUCAUGGGCGUGACCGAGUGCCUUACAAAGGUGCUUCAUGCCAUUCAGCUAUGGACUCAAAAUUAUGCUAGCCAGGCAACAGAGGCGUCAGUCCCACACUGGCAGGAGCUUGAGGCCCCCUUAUUCGCGAUGCGCGCCCUUGGCCGCAUGGUAGACAAGGAGGAAGAUAUUGUGCUUCCUCAGCUGAUGCCGCUCUUGGUCCAGAUGCCCAGCCACGAGAAGCUUCGAUUUGCGACCAUCAUGGUGCUGGGGCGCUACACUGAGUGGACUGCGGCGCAUCCCGAGUACUUGGAGCCUCAAUUCAACUACAUCGUGAACUCAUUCCAGUCCGACUCCCGAGAAAUCACUCGGGCUGCAGCGCUGUCACUCAAAUUCUUUUGUACUGACUGCAAGCACCUUCUCAGCGGCCAAAUACUGCAGCUCCAGACGUUUUAUGACCAAGUCUUGGAUAAACUUCCUGAUCUCAGUAAGGAAGAGGUCACCGAGGGCGUUUCGAAUGUUCUGGCUGUUCAGCCUGUUUCGGAGACGUAUCACCUGCUCAAGACGUAUUGUGAUCCGCUAGUUCAAAGGCUGAUGGCGAAGGCAAACCAUGCAACCACGGAUGAGGGCAAACUAGCAGUAGCGGACCACCUGCAGCUUAUUACCAUCUUUGUGCAAAAUGUGAUGCCUCUGGUUAACCCUGGAGAAGAGAACCCUGCGGUCAAGUACUGGCAAGAAGUCUUCCCCAUCUUGUCUACUGUACUAGACAACUUCCUCACAUUUUCACCAAUUUGCGAAAGAGUUUGCAGGUGCUGGAGAAACAUGGUCAUUUCCUACCGGACUGCCAUUACACCCAUGCUUGCGGACAUGGCAAAUAAACUGGCUGGCGGUUUCAAUGUCUCGAGGGAAGGCUGCUUCCUUUGGGUCACAUCUGCCAUUCUGCGGGAGUUCUCCGAGGCGCGAGAGCAUGUGGAUCCGAGCAUAGCCGAAAACAUCUACACAUUCUUCGAAGCGCAAACGACGACAUUCCUGAGGGUCAUGACCGAACUGCAGCCCAAGGAGCUGCCAGACGUGAUUGAUGAUUUCUUUAGGCUCCUCAUCGAUGCGCUGCUAUACUAUCCCCAGAAGCUCAUUCCAUCUCCACUCCUGGUCCCUAUUUUCGAGGCCUCCAUCUACGCCUUGACUCUGGAACAGCGAGAUCCUCUGUCUUCGACUCUCCACUUCCUGAGAGAUUUGCUGUCAUACGGUGGCGACAAUCCGGCCAGUAGUGAGGGGCUGCCAGAGUCGGCUGCGGCGAGCAUCAGAACGAUUGUUAAGAACCUCCUCAGCAGCCACGGAGAAAAUCUGGUGAAGCAAGUCAUGGCGGGCAUGAUGAUUACUUUCCCGCGAGACUGCUUUGCGGAUGGCAGCGGCGUUCUGCUCAGUCUCUUUGAACUUUUGCCUGUGCAGACGACCGAAUGGGUUUCACGUACGAUUCAGCUAUUACCUCAGGGCACUGUGUCUCCAGAGGAAGCCAACAGACUGAUGAUCAAGAUCAAGGAGCGACUGGGGUCGGAUGAAGCAGGAGGCAUUCGACAUGUGAGAGUGCUGCUGCAAGACUUUACGAAUACAUAUCGGCGCCGUAACGUUGCGCCUCGGGACGGCCUCGGGCAGCUCGAAGCAACCAGGUUCCAAUUCGCCGGAUGAAGUAUGUAAGAGGUUAAACGAGCAUGACAGAAAAAGAAAGAUUAAAGAAGGACUAAACCACAAAUAACUAUGGCGAGAACUUUGAUGAGGCAACGCAGUGUAAUAACAAGCGUGGGCAUCAGCAUGAUCCUUGUGAGCCCGGCGCGGAUUACAAGGGUAAAGGGGCGGCGGAUGUGGAUGUGUAUGUCUCUACAGGAGACACGAAGAUAAUAGAAGGUCGGGGUUGUAAGAGAAUCUGAAGAUGGCAUUUAGGCGCAGAAUCAAGGAGAGAAUCAAGCAAAGAUUCAAGGAGGAGAGAGAAUAUCAUUGAGUUGGGGGAGCGAAAAUUUUAACGUCAUGUCAUGUUGAUGAAGGGACAUCUGGAGCCGAGGGACCAUUGGGAGGAAAGGAAUUCGGGACUGUUCUAUGGGGAGGCAGAUUAUGCAAAUAUCCAAAUGUUUUACAGUAGAUAGAGACAACACAUAUUUAACAAGGAAGAUGUAGACGGAACUGGGAAGAAUAAUAUCAGAUUUCAUCUGAAGGAUGCUGAUAGGGAGUUGCGCUUUUCGGCAAUAUAUGUAGAUUAGGGCCAGUUGAGGUGAGAGGGUGAAGCAGUGGGUUAUUGUCAACUAUAAGCUGCGCUUCUCAUUGUGUAAAAGACAGGGGGGGUUGAAAGAGAAAAUGCACAAAUGUAAUUGCAAUUCAUGCACAUAUGCACAUCUGUCUUUUUGUUAUAUCACAACCUUCAAGUUGUUUUAACUAGGCGAAAGCUUAGUUUAACGACAUGGAGAAGCCGUUGCCGCGUUGCAUGCUGUGUUGGUGCAUGAGUCAGAGCAUGUCAAAAGUAACAUAGGUUUGUUAGGACAGCAGAGGGCGCGCCCUAGACUCUGUUUGAAGUACAAGUUGACUGAGGGGCAUUAUUGGUGCCAGUUCCUUUGGGAGUUCUAAACUGAGUUGGGAAAUCCUU